AUGUCGACGCACUUUAGUCUACUGAGGGACCAUCGCCACUAUGUUCUUAAAUUAUAUCGCCACACUUUAAGAACUACGACAGGAAACAUAAAUUCUGUUUUAUUUAGAAAUCAGAUUAUCAACAAGGUGAAAGAAAGAAUAACAAAUAAUAAAAAUAAUAAAUCAAGUUGGAGUGUGUAUAGUCUACUACUAAAGUUGGAGUCAUUAAAUUGUGCUAUAAAGGAAGGAGAUUAUAAUCAAGUUAAUAAAUUCAUAACAGAAACUAAAAUGGAUCCUAAUUCAAGAAUAAUCAAAUCCCAAAUCAAUGCUAUCAAAACAAAUAUGAAGCAACCACAGCAAGAUCCAAAGCUUCUGGCGCAGUCUAAUAUUCUAGAUAAAUAUAUCAAGAUCAAACAAUCUGAGCAUCUAUUACCUGGUCAACUAUCCAAGAAGAUUAAGAGAAAGCUUUUAUUACCAAUAGCUCUUGACUGGUAUUCUAAAAAUAAAAUAGAUCGAAUCCAAAAACAAUUAGAUAAGGGAAUACCUGAAGUAUAUCUCAGUUAUACAAAGGCUGGUCCAAGCACAAUCUGGUUUGUCAGAUCACCUGUAAAUAAACAAAAGGCUCAAUCAAGAAAAUUAAGCUUCCUUAUUUCAUCAGCUAAGAAAGAAAACCAAGAUGUUCUUGAUGGUAUAGCUGCAUGCGAAUUAAAUGCUCAAUGGGCUCUUUCAGAGGCAGUGUGGGAAGAGUAUCUUGCCAACGGAAACCUUCCAAGUUUUAACAGCGUUAAUGAAGUUUUAUCAAAAGUAGACAAGAUAGAGAAAACAAAGAGAUUGGUGAGCUCUACUGUCGUAUUAGAAAAUUUACAAUAUAAAGAUGGGAUGCCAGUCACAAUUAUCUCAUGGCUAUCACCAAUAGGUAAGGUUAUUUCUGAACUGAAUAAAAGUUUACACGAAAGGGCUGCAUCCUUUGCUAAGUUCAAGAAAGAGAUUUUAUUAAAGGAUGGACAUGUGGAAUAUUAUAAAGAGAAAACGGCAAGUAUGCAUUUGAAACGUAAGGAAAGAUUUAACAACAUGCUGAAAAAUUAUGUGCCCAACGCUUGUACUUUUGAAGAAGGUCAUAAUUUGUAUUCAAUUUUGGAAAAUAACAAAUUUUGA